UCUUUCGAUCAUCAACUGUCGUAUCUACCAUCUAUAAUUUCACAUCGCUUGAUCAUCAAGCUACUUUUAUGCACCGAUAAUUUCUGAUUCUACUGUUUUUCCUACAUGCCAAACGUUCUGAAUUUCUGAUAUGUAUGUUCAUUGCCUAUAUUUUGGCGUGAAAUUGUAAUGGAUCAGAGUUGUUUGUUGAUUCUAUUGAAUAUGUUUUGGUUUUAUAUGUAAGUAAGCUUGAUGUUAUCUUUGCUAUUUGUUGAAAUUGAAGAAACAUGAGCCAAAGGCUGCAGUGAUUAGAGUAGCAAAAGUUUAUCAGCUGCUUCAUUGAUUGUUUUCUUGCCUCUUUUUUUCUUUAUGCUUUUCUUGUGGGUUAAAGUUUGGAAAUUGCUAAAGUGUUGUUAAAGGCUUCAAGCCUUAGUAGCGUGGAUGCCCACAGCCCAUAGUAAUCCCUGAUCUCCAAGUCAGGGUUCUCUACCUCUCCUACUUCUGUUUCUUGGAAUCUAAAGUCUCCCAGACUCAUUUGCUUCUCGGUUUAUCAGCAUUCAGCAGUAGCUUCUUGAUUCCCAAGUGACAAUUUGUUGCUUCUCGGAAGAGCAAGUUGCAAACGCCAGAUUCACAAUCUAUUCUCUGCUUUAGUGAAGUUUCUUAUUUUCUUUUGUUGUUUACUUUCUUAUGCGUUGGAAUUCUCCAUGGUGAUUCGUGAGUUGGAAUUUGGUUCUCGAUCAUGGCGUGGUUUGAUUCGGAAUGUUUAAUUUGAAUUGUUUUCUUUAAUCCAUUUUCGCCUUGAGAGAUUCUUAACCUGAGAGUCCAUAAGGAGAUAUUUCUCAAGUUGAUAGACAUCUAAAGACCGAAACAUGGACCUGAGUGAAGAUUUUCUAGACGAUUUCUGUAAAAAAGCAUCAACAUCUUUUUUCAGACAGUAUGGUCUCUUAAGCCACCAGAUUAACUCUUACAAUGAAUUCAUAAAAACUGGAAUUCAAAAUGUCUUCGAUUCCUUGGGUGAAAUCAAUGUUCAGCCCGAGUUUGACCCAUCUGGAAACGAAACUGUAAGGAGAUGCGCCACAGUCAAACUCGGAAAAGUCAACCUAGAGAGACCAAGGUUUUGGGCCGGUGAAAAUUUCUCAACUGAAACUGGUACAGAGUACCUUAUCCUCUUGCCCAAACACGCUCGCCUUCAAAAUAUUACCUAUUCAUCCAGAAUGAGUGUUCAACUUCAAUAUCAGGUAUAUACUCAAGAGAUGGAUAAAAGCGGGAUCCCGGAGACUGAACAAGAACAUGUUUCAAAUAAGAUUAUAUUGGAAGAUAAUCGAGAAAUCACAAUUGGCAGGUUACCGGUGAUGGUCAAAUCUGACUUAUGCUGGAUGAGUGAUAUGAAAAAAGGCGAUUGCGAUUUCGACUACGGAGGUUAUUUCUUAAUCAAGGGGGCGGAGAAAACGUUUAUCGCGCAAGAGAAGACUUGUUUGAAAAGACUUUGGUUGGUCAACAAUCCAAUCUGGACGGUCAAGUACCGGUCGGUAAUCGGAAAAGAAAGGGUCUAUGUUAAACUAGUGGACUCUCGUAUUAGAGGUGGCGGAAAAGUAAUUACGGUGUUUUUGUUUAGCUCGAUAGAGAUCCCGAUAUGGCUGUUAUUCUUUGCUCUUGGAGUAACCUCAGACAAAGAGGUGAUCGAUUUGAUCGAUACUGAUUGUAAAGAUAAUACGAUAGUUAAUACACUUCUUGCAUCUAUAUAUGCUGCUGACCAAAAGUCAAAGGACUUCAGAAACGAAGGAAAGGCGUUUAGUAUUCUUUCAAACGAGCUUAAAGAAAAAUGGACGUAUACACCUAAACAAGCCUUCAAAGACUGCAUAGAAGAAACGUUAUUUCCCAAACUACGUGGGUUUAAUCGAAAAGCUCGGUUUUUGGGUUAUAUGGUCAAAUGUCUGUUAGAAGCUUACACGGGUCGUAGGAAAGUUGACGAUAGAGAUAGUUUUAGAAGCAAGAGGGUGGAAUUAGCUGGUGAGUUACUUGAACGAGAAGUUAGGGUUCACUUGAAACAUGCUGUUAGGCGAAUGACAAAGGCUUUGCAAAGAGACCUUUACGGAGAACGCCCUUUACACCCGAUUGAGCACUACUUGGAUGCGUCUGUUGUUACUAAUGGACUUUCGCGGGCUUUUUCUACUGGUGCUUGGGUACAUCCGUAUAAACGUAUGGAAAGAAUCUCGGGUGUGGUGGCACAUCUUAGACGAGCUAAUCCUACGCAGAUGAUGGCUGAUAUGAGGAGAACUCGUCAACAGGUUCAGUAUACGGGCCGGGUUGGUGAUGCUAGAUACCCGCAUCCGUCACACUGGGGAAGAGUCUGUUAUAUGACCACACCAGAUGGGGAAAACUGUGGGUUGGUAAAAAAUUUGGCGAGUACAGGUAUUGUGAGCGUAAACAUCCAAGUGAAUCUGCUUGAUAUGCUGAUGAAGUCCGGAAUGGAAGAACUGGUUGAUGACAAUUCAAUAUCAAUUGGUAAAAAACACAAAGUUUUUGUUAACGGAGACUGGGUUGGAAUAUGCGCUAAUGCUGCUUCACUUGUUGCCGAUUUCAGAAGCAAAAGGCGUAAAAAGGAAGUGCAUCAUCAGGUGGAGAUUAAACUAGAUGAUAAGAAUGGAGAGGUGCGUAUAUUCUCUGAUGCCGGAAGGAUUAUGCGUCCGCUUUUAUUAGUUGAGGGUUUAAAAAACAUUAAGUUACUUGAAUCGGGAGAUUAUUCUUUUCAAAGUCUUAUCGACAAUGGAAUUGUUGAACUCAUUGGAAGCGAAGAGGAAGAAGAUUGUUACACAGCGUGGGGAAUCAAGCACCUUUUUCACAAUACCGAAACGAAUGCACCUAAAUACACACAUUGUGAGCUUGAUAUGUCGUUUCUCCUAAGUUUUAGCUGCGGAAUAAUCCCGUUCGCAAAUCAUGACCAUGCAAAACGAGUCCUGUUCCAAUCGCAAAAACACUCUCAACAAGCCAUCGGAUAUUCAACCACAAAUCCAAACAUUCGAGUUGAUACGCUCGCUCAUAAUCUGUUUUAUCCCCAAAAACCGCUUUUCAAGACGGUUCUUUCUGAUUGUCUUGGAACACCAAAAUAUAGUAAUGGUCAAGGAUUGCAGUCAAGAGAUGAAUAUUACAACGGUCAAUGUGCCAUUGUUGCCGUAAAUGUCCACCUUGGUUACAACCAAGAGGAUUCAUUAGUAAUGAACCGUGCGUCAUUAGAACGCGGUAUGUUUAGAUCGGAACAUGUUAGAAGCUACAAAGCGGAAAUUUAUAACACGGAAUCUUUCGGGAAAAAGGCCAAGUUUGAAGAUAAUAUAGUUUUUGGGAAAGUUCAAAGUAAAAUUGGCCGUGUUGAUAAACUAGAGGAAGAUGGGUUUCCGUACGUUGGUGCUCGUUUAGAAAGUGGUGAUAUUGUUAUAGGAAAACAUGCGGAAUCUGGGGGAGAUCAUAGCAUUAAACUGAAACAUGGUGAAAAAGGAUCGGUCCAGAAAGUUGUUAUAUCUGCUAACGACGAUGGUAAAAACUUUGCUACUGUAUCUUUGAGACAGGUACGUUCACCAAGUCUCGGAGAUAAGUUUUCAAGCAUGCAUGGACAAAAGGGCGUUUUGGGGUAUUUGGAGUCUCAGGAGAACUUUCCUUUCACUAUACAAGGAAUAGUACCCGACGUCGUAAUAAACCCGCAUGCGUUUCCAUCGAGGCAAACGCCAGGUCAGCUUCUGGAAGCUGCAUUGGGUAAGGGAAUUGCGUUAGGUGGCUCUAUGAGAUACGCCACGCCUUUCUCGACCCCCUCUGUUGAGGACAUAACCAACCAACUUCACAGGUGUGGAUUUUCAAGAUGGGGAAAUGAGAGAGUUUACAACGGGCGAACGGGUGAAAUGGUCGAGUCACUAGUGUUCAUGGGCCCCACAUUUUACCAGAAGCUUGUCCACAUGUCUGAGGACAAGGUCAAAUUCCGUAACAUCGGGCCAGUACAUCCUCUCACACGGCAACCGGUGGCGGACCGCAAGCGGUUUGGUGGGGUGAAAAUUGGGGAGAUGGAGCGGGACUGCAUCAUAGCUCAUGGUGCAACGGCCAACUUGUAUGAGCGUCUUUAUACGCUCUGUGAUGCUUCACAUAUGCAUAUCUGUAGGAAAUGCAACAACAUGGCAAGUGUAAUCCAGAGGUCGGUCCCACGUGGACCCAAGAUUCGUGGGCCCUACUGUCGGUUUUGUGAGUCGGUUGAAGACGUUGUGAAGGUGAAUGUGCCAUAUGGGGCCAAGCUAAUUUGCCAGGAGCUUUUUAGUAUGGGAAUUGCUAUCUCGUUCGAAUCAGAGCUUUGCUGAAAAGUUGACCCAAGGGACAUGGUGUGGUGGUAAAUCAUGCAAGGUGCGGGUAUUGGUGGUUAAUCGGAGUAUGUUAGUUUGCCGUGAAAAAAUGUAUAAUUCAGGCUUGUAACUGAAACUUGUAGUUGCAGAAACUGAGUAACAUGGUUUAACUCUAGUUGUAAUGUACUUGGUUUUACUAAUAAUCGUAUGGCCAUUGUGGGUGAGGCCUUGGUGGUAAAAGUAAAACACUACCAAAUUUUUACUGGUUGA